AUGCACUUCAUCUUCUCGGAGGCCAGGCGGAGUUUGAGCUUCACGCUGGGGAGAAGCGCAGGAAGAACGAGGAACGCCGACGGGGGAAGGGGAAGCGCGGAGAACAAUCGAUCAUGGUUGCUCGCCGGCGACGUUCAGAGAGAUGAAGACCAGCUGCAUUCUCUGAUCCACUUCGGCGUGGUAAUGGCGUCGGAGGGCGAUGAACCUGCGGCGGCGGCGGCGGCGGCCUCCGCCGCCGACUGCACGGUGGUGAUCAGGUGGCGCCGCCUUGAGUCCUCCCCGGGGAGGUGCAUCCCUCCGGCCGCCGGCGGACCCAUCAGGCUGGGUUACUCCGAUAUCCGCUCGGCGACCCGAGACUUCCACCCAGGUUUGUUCUAGAGCUCCCGCGCCGGUUUCCAUGGCAACGACCGUUCGUACUGAUUGAUUCUCUUGCUUUCUGUUUGAAGGGAGGCUGCUGGGGAGGGGGGCCAUGAGCAGGGUCUACAAGGGGAAGCUGGCGUUGUGGACGGGACGGCGGAGUGCGGCGGCGGUGGCGAUAAAGAGAUUGCAGGGGGAGGAGAAGGAUUGCGCCAAGGCGUUUUACAGGGAGCUGGUCGCCGGCGGCCUGCGCCACCCCAACGUCGUCCCACUUCUGGCCUUCUGCGUUGACCCACGCGGCCUCUUCCUGGUCUACAAGCUCGUCUCUCGCGGGAGUCUCGAUCGCCACCUUCACCCAGGUGCGCCGCCAUCCGGAUUUUCGUGCGUUUUGGUCCUCCAUCGCCGCUGGGUCGGUGUUGAUUCCCCUGUUCUGGGUGAUGGAAACAGGCGGCGGCGAAGAGACAGAAGAAGAGGAAGGGAAGCGGGGGACAUUGCAGCAGAGGGGCCGGCGGGGGAGCGGCGGCGACGGCGGCGCCAGCGGCGGCAGAGGGCUUUCGUGGGAAGUGAGGUGGAAGGUGGCGACGGGGAUAGGGAGGGCAGUGGAGUACCUCCACCAGGGCACCGAGAAGUGCGUCGUCCACAGGGACAUCAAGCCCUCCAACAUCCUCCUCUCCUCCAAGAAGACCCCCAUGGUGUUUUCUCUCUCUAGUUUCCAUCGUUCUCUCCUCUUCGCCGUUCCUUUCUCUCCCUGACAGAAUACCUUCCUCGUCUGCUACUCGGCCCGUGUUUUCUAGGGUUUCCGUCUCUCACGGGGUGGGUUUCCUCCUGCAGCUGAGCGAUUUCGGACUCGCGACGUGGACGGACCGCCAUUCUCUGCCGAUCUUCUGCAAGACCGUGGAGGGCACCUUCGGGUGAGCUCAACAGUCCGAUCUACAGGGGAAGGAGGGCCUCCCUCAACCACCGCCAUGGAUUUCUGAUCUUCUCCUCUCUGGUUCUCCCUGAUGCAGGUACCUCGCGCCGGAAUAUUUCCAGCACGGGAAGCUUUCCGACAGGACCGACGUCUUCGCCUUCGGGGUCCUCCUCCUGGAGCUGAUCACGGGGAGGAAGCCCAUCGAUCGCAGCCGCCCUCCUGGAGACGAGAAUCUCCUUCAAUGGGUUCGUGCCUUCUUCCUCUUCCUUCUUCUUGCCGACGGCAUCUUCUUCUGUCUCUGAGAUCUGAUGAAAUGAUUGAUUUCUCAGGCGAAGCCGCUCCUGCGGCGGGGAAAGGUCGCUGUCGAGGAGCUGCUCGAUCCGAGGCUGAAGGGCGGCACCGUCAGCUGGGUUAAGCUCUGCCGGAUGGUCAGGACGGCGGCCGCCUGCCUGAGCGAGGAGGAGGCGGCGAGGCCCACAAUCGGAGGGGCGAUGGGGAUGCUCCUGCAAGGGGAGGCGGAAGAGGAGGAGCUCACCGGCGGCGGUCGGCGCGCCGCCUUCUCCAGUGACAGCGACGGCGACCUGCGACAGGCGAAGAGCGACAUGCGAGGGCAUCUGACUCUGGCCAUGCUCGGGGUGUCGGACGCCGACGAGGAAGCUGGCGAUCGUCGCCGGCGCGGCGGUGAAGACGCCUGA